CGAAUGUCGAUAUUUUUCAUGAAAACAUAAUAAUUCGUGCAGUGAAGACAUGAUAAAGAAUUAUAUCCGGACGAAUGUGUACAGAAAUGAAUUUACAAACGCUAUUUCAGGAUUUUAAUCCUAGCAAAUUCGUGGUGCACAGUUGCUUACUAGUUUUUACGGCGUUGUUGGCUUUAAAACUUGAUGGCGCUAUAACAUGGUCGUAUUGGGCCGUAUUUACCCCGAUAUGGGUUUGGAAAUUCCUCGUAGUGCUUGGUGCAACAGUUGGCACCUACGUUUGGUGGCAGUACCCUCACUUCAGGUUAGAGGGAGAGGCGUACAUUCACUACAAAGCCAUGCUGAUCAGUCUUGCCAUCCACCUGAUCCUGCUCAUGUUUGAACUGCUUGUCUGUGAUCAGCUCUCGGUGAAACGCCAUGUGUGGAUACUAGUCUUCAUACCCUUAAUUUUUAUAAGCAUAGUAUCCAUUGCCAUUUGUAUAUGGUCUGUACGACAUGACCGGAGUUAUGAGUUGGAGUUGUUUUGCGCCGUGAAUAUCCUGCAGUUUAUCUUCCUGGCACUGAAAUUGGACGAGUUCAUCAACUGGUCCUGGGAAGUUGUGUUUGUGCCGCUCUGGAUUCUGAUGUGUCUGAGCCUUGUUGGUGAGUGGGUGCUGUACAGCAUCAUUUUCGCGGGCAUGCUGCUGCGCACGGCGGAGGCUAACGUGCAGCAACGCCGCAGCAGCUUCCACGCCGCGCUCGCGUACACAUUCACUGUUAUACCCAUCCUGGUGUUCCUGGUGCUGCUGACUAACAAGUUGGAUGACGGUAUGCAGUUGUCGUACACGGUAGUCGCUAGCCCGCUCUUCGUGGGUUUCGCUACGCUGAUCGUUAUGUCAUUUAGCUCGAAGGGUGGUAAUAAAUGGUGGUUCGGCAUCAGGAAAGACUUUUGCCAGUUCCUGCUAUCAGUGUUCCCGCUCCUCCAAGAGUACGCCAACAUCGCCUACAACAACAACGUGACCCGGGGCUCCAACAUAGUCCCCACCGAGCCCCCGGUCACACAGGAACCUUACCGGGACGAAGACACUAAGAAAGUCAAAGAAAAUAAAAAUCAUAAGAAUCAAAAGAAGAAUGAAGCGAUGAAACCUGUAGUGCCUGUGACUAGUAUAGAUAUGCCUGAUUGACGCUUUCAAUUUUAUUAGUGAAGUGAAGUGAAGUGGACAUUUGUUGUCUCCCGUUUGGGCUACGGUGUUGCUGUUCAGUUUUCAUGGUGCAGAGAAGUAAUGUAAGUCUUCUUUUUAAAUAUAUUUUUCAUUUUUAGUAAUACCACAAAGACAAAUCAAUUGGGAAUUCUUUUGGCGUAAUAAUUUUAAGAAUCGACUGAAUAUGUAUGUUUAGGCAAUUUUAACUAUUCGGGGCAUUCAAGAAGUAUUGAAAUAGAAUCUAUGUGUUCCUGUUUCUAAGGGACUAUAUAAAAAUUUAAAAAAUCUUAAGAGAACUGAAUGAAGACACUUCAUCUUAAGUGUUGUACUAUAACCAAUUUUUAACGUAUUGUUAAGUUUGAUGUUAAUUUAACUUUAAACUUUGUUGUAGGGUAUAGUUUAACAAAAUGUUCUUUUUUAUGUAAA